GAACUCUUGAAAAUAAGCAUAUUCGAGCAAAUCCAAAAGUCCAGGAAGAAUACGAAAGAUUGCGCGAAAUUUCAAAUCUCCAACCACAACAAACAACUGCAGACUUAUCUAACAAAGAAACUUUCUCUAUUUGUAUUUUGAAUAUCAGAUCAUUUAAGAAACACAGUUUGGACUUAAUUAGUGACCCAAUCUUGUCAAAAUGUGACAUACUUGCACUUACAGAGACACAGCUUUCGAGCAAUGUUGAAAAUUGUGAAAUGAACUUGAUUCUAAAAGAUUUUUCUCUGCACAGACAAGAUCAUCAUUCUGAUAAGUCCUUAAGUUUAGCUGUCUGCUACAAAGAAACUGUUACACUUAAUGAAACAGAAUAUUUCAGUUCAAUAAAUGGUUUAAAAUUUGUAAUUUAUAUAUCAGGUAAUAAUUUAUCUUUAUCCUGCUUAUUACUUUAUCGUAAGCAUGGAGGUAACAUUCAGCAGUUCAUAGCUGGCCUAGAUUACAUAAUAAGAAGCUGUGAUAUCGAUAUUACAUUUGGUGAUUUUAAUAUUGAUUAUUUUAAUGAUAACAAUAAUUCUUCAUUGAAAGAACUUGCUGAGUCUUUAAACUAUGUGCAACUUGUAAAUAAACCAACAUUUAUUUCUUCCGGAAGUCUUCUAGAUCAUGUUUAUGUAAAACAGUCAAUAUGCAACACAAUAGAAGCAAAUGUUGUAAGUGUAUAUUAUUCUGACCAUGAGGUUGUUAAG